CAGAAUUAGAAGGACGGAAAUGGAGGGUGGCGUGGCAUAAAUUUGCCAAAUAAUCCGUUUUCAUGUUGUAACUUAGUUCUGUAAAUAGAAAUGUCCCUAUCUUAGGGAGUGUUCCAUCUGCCGACACUUUCACUUCCCAGUUUACAGAAUGGGGGUGACGCCCUUUCUACGGUCACUCCGAAGCUGUUCGGGAUUUUCAUGAACACGCGUCAGUUUAAAUUGCUGGUGUUGGACGGAUGUGAGAGACCAGCACCCGCGAAAGGGUUCAGGAACCGAGCAAGAAUGUCGUGGAGCCCCCAGCAAGCAGAGAUAUUGGAUUCAUCACUGAUAUACAUGGAAGUUUUUGAUUUAUCUUGGAGAACAUCCAAUUGAAAUGGCAUCCUACAAAUUGAAAUUGUUUGGCUUGUUGUAUUUUGUACAAGGAAUACCCUAUGGAUUACAAUCUGGUUUACUACCAAUCUACCUCAGAUCUAUUGGAAUUUCAUUUACCAAAAUUAGUUUGACUAAAUUCUUGUAUUUUCCAUGGCUACUGAAGAUACUUUGGGCUCCGUUUGUGGAUCAAUAUGGGACAAAGCAGAAAUGGCUGCUAUCUAGCAUGUUUGGUCUGUUUCUAUGUUGUUUAAUCAUUUCAAAACUGCAUCCCAAGACUGAUUUUACAACUUUGGCCUUCAUUUUAUUGCUGAUGAAUUUCUUUGCAUCAGUUCAAGAUAUUGCUGUUGAUGGCAUAGCAGUACGAUUACUCAGUAAUGAGGAAGUUGGAUAUGGCAACACCGUCCAGGUUGUGGGUUAUAAAACAGGCUCUCUCGUUUCAGGAGCAGGGCUUUUGAUGAUGAUGGACCAUAUUAGCUGGGAUGUGCUCUUUGUAAUAAUAUCUGUUAUUUAUGUGAUAGCUAUCAUUUGUGCAUGUUUCACGCCUGAACCUCCAACAAGCUCUGAUACAGAAACUAGGUUGCCUGUAUUGAAUCCCCGUGAAAUACUGAAAGAAGUACUUCAUGUGCCUGGAACCAUUUGGACUCUAAUUUAUGUCAUCAUUUACAAAUUAGGAGAACAGGGUACUGUCAGCAUGUUUCCCCUGUUUUUACUGGAGCACGGUUUCUCUCCAGCAGAACUGGGCCUAUGGACUGGAAUAGUUGCAAUGGGAUUUUCUAUUCUUGGAUCAUGCCUUGGUGGCAUAUUAAUGCCGAAGCAUAAUGCAUUUUCACUUAUUCAGAUUCUAUUUGUGAUUCGUGUUGGAAAUUUGAGUUUCCAGACAUCACUUCUCCUUCUGUUUGAAAGCCAAUCCUUGAUAAUGAAAGGUGCAGCUGUGCUAAGUAUAAUUUUACAGCAUUUACUUGGUGGAUUGAUAACAACAUUGACAUUUAGUAUCAUGAUGCUGUGCACCCAGAAGGCUGAGGAAAGAAUACAGGCCACCCAUUACACAUUUCUGGCAAGUUUUGAAGUCUUGGGAAAACUUACUUUCAGUGCCAUAGCCGGUUUACUUGUGGAUAAGAUGGGUUUUCCUUUUAGUUUUUGCAUAUUUGUUCUGCUAUCGUGUUUAGCUAUUCUCCAUGUUUUUAAGCCACUAGAUGUGCUACCUGAGCAGAAAAGACAAUAAAGUGUGAGUCCUCUGCAAUGUAAUUAAAACUAUCUACAUAUUGUCUCCUUGAGUAAUUUUAUCGGUGGUUUUAUAUUUUUUAAAAUGGCUAAUAAAAACAAAGGAAGACUUCUAACCUGACAUAAAACAAAGAACUGUGGAUGCUGGACAUCUGAAACAAAACCAGAAAUCGCUGGAGAAACUCAACAGGUCUGGCAGCAUCUGUGCAGAGAAAACAGUUAAUGCUUUGAGUGCAGUCAGGCUUCUUCAGAUCAUCUGAAAAAGGGCUAUUGGGCUCAAAAUGUUGACUGAUUCCUCUCCACAGAGGAUGCCAGGCCUGCUAAAGACUUCCAACCUAUCUGACAGCAGUGGAAAUUCACUGGGAGCUCACUGUCCUUGAUUCCUGCCCAUUGUUGGUUGAACCUGUCCCUUUUAUUUUAAAAUCUGAGACGCUACUAACUUGGGCAGGAACGUAGUUCCAUUUGGGAGAGUCGGAUCCCAUGAUGUCAUUAGGAGCCCAACUACAUUUCAAAAGCCAAGUGAACUGGAAGGAUAAAGAGUUGAUUAACUCUCAAGUUAAAAAAGGAAACUUUCCUUGGAAGUGACUGAGUUGAACAAGAAUCAUCUGAGCCUGUGAGAAAAGCCUGGGCAUUUACUAGAUCAAACAGAAUCAUGGUUCAACGUAAUUGCUCCAGUGCAAGGGAUCUAGCCUGGUGCUGAUGGGAGGCCUCAGGCCUUGCUGCUUUGAUCUAUCUAAAGACAGAUUCCAUUACAAUUGUAGGUGAGUCAACUGUAACUGUUGACAUACAGUUGAGGCCUGCUAGUUAAAAUGACCCAGGCUUCAACCUAAUUAUUUCAAGAAAAUUGGUUCCUUGUGUUGUUCAUCUUCCUCCCACUGAGAGUUCAUCCUCCUCCAAUGCCUAAUGAGUUACAGACAAUUAAAGAGCCCAAUAAAAAGUGACGCGCUUAAUGGUUGCCACAGACUGCAUACAGAGGCAUUUGUAGCAGGGCUGAGGUCACAUGACUACAGCAAGCCAACCAGUAUAUUGAUAACAAUUGCAUUUCUCUAAACAUUUCCCUUCUCAUAGAGUCACGGAGUUAUAGAACAUGGAAACAGACCUCUCAUUCCUAUUCUUCCAAUCACAUAUUCUAAAUUGAUUCUGAUCCAUUUGUGACCAUUUGGCCCAUAUCCCUUUAAACCCAUCCGAUUCAUGUACUCAUCCAGAUAUCUUUAAAGGUUGUACUUGUACCAGCUUCUACCAUGUCUACGCUCUGCAUGAAAAAGUUGCCCUCAAUUUCCUUUUAAAUCUUGACCCUGUCACCCUAAAUCUAUGUCACCUAGUUUUAGAUUCCCCUACUCUUAGAGAAAGAUCUGGGCUAUUUGCCCUAUCCAUGCCGUUCAUGAUUUUAUAGAUGUCUACCCCUCAGUCUCCUGCACUCCAGGGAAAAAGAUCCAGCCUAUUCAACCUCGCCUUAUGACCCAAAGCCUCCUAUCCCGGCCACAUCUUUGUAAAUUUUUUCUGAACCCUUUCAGGUUUAACAGCAUCAUUUCCAUAACAGGAAGACCAGAACUGAAUGCAGUAUUCUAAAAAUGGCCUCAGCAAUGACCUGUACAGCCACAGCAUGACAUCCUAACCCCUAUACUCAGUGCACUGACCAAUGAAGGCAAGUGUGCCAAAUGCCUUCUUCACCAGCCUCAACCUGCAGUUUCAAGUUCAAGGAAUUAUGCAGCUGCACCUCUAGGUUUGUUUGUUCAACACUCUCCCCAGAGCUCUACCAUUGACUGUAUAAGUCCAGUACUGGUUGCCUUACCAAAGUGCAACACCUCACAUUUAUCUAAAUUGAAUUCCAUCUUCCACACCUCAGUUCACUGGCCCAUCUGAUCAAAAUCCUGUUGUUUUCUGAGAUAACCUUCUUCACUGUCCAUUAUUCCACCAAUCUCAGUGUCACCUUCAAACUUACUGGACCCAGCAUCAAUCCUUGUGGCAUACCACUGUUCACAGGCCUCCAGUCCAAAAAAACAACCUUCCACCAUCACCCUGUAUCUCCCACCUUGAAGCCAGUUCUAUAUUCGAUUUGCCAUUCCCCUGGAUUACAUGUGCUCUAUCCUUGCUAACCAGCCUGCCCCACAGAACCUUGUUGAAUGCCUUGUUUAAGUCCUUAUAGAUGUUAUUUACUGCUUUGCCUUCAUCAAUCUUCUUUAUCAUCUAAAAGAUAACUCACUGAAGUUAGUGAGACAUCAUUUCCCACACACAAAGCCACAUUGACUAUCCCUAAUCAGUUAUUGCCUUUCAAAUGUGUAUAAAUCCUGAUCAUCAGAAUUCUCUCCAACAAUUUACCCACUACUGAUGUCAGUCGCAGCACUCUAUAGUUCCCUGGCAGUUCCUUACCACCUUUCUUAAAUAACGGCUCCGCAUUAGCCACCCUCCUGUCUUCGACACUUCACCCAUAGCUGUCAGUGAAUCAAAUAUCUCAGCAAGAAACCAGCGAGCUCUUCCCUAGCUUUCCUCAAAGUUCAGGGAGGUACCUGAUCAGGUCCAAGGGAUUCAUCAAACAUUAUGCAUUUUAAGACCUCCUUUUCUGUAAAAUGGACAUUUCAAGACACUACUGUUUAUACCCCCUAGUUCCCUAGCUUCCAUGUCCAUCUCCAUUGUAAAUACUAACUUGUAACAUUCAUUUGGGAUCUCACCAGUCACCUUUCAUAGAUGGCCUUGUUGAUCUUUAAGGUGCCCAAUUUGUUACUCUUUUGUCUUUAAUGUUUUUGUAGAAUCUCAUUGGAUUCUCUUUAAUCCUAUGUGCCAAAACUACUUUGUGCCCCUUUUUUGCACCCCACCCCCAAUUUCCUUCUUAAGUAUAUUCUGAUUGCCUUUGUAUCCCUCUGUAGAUUCACUUGAUCCUAGUUGUCAGUAUCUGACAUAAGCCUCCUUCUUUUUCUUGACCCUAGCCUCAAUUAUUCUACUCAUCCACACUCCCUACACCUACCAGCCGUGCCCUUCACACUAACUGUCAUACUGUCUCUGAACUCUGGUUCUCUCUUUUUUUGAAGGCCUCCCACUUAACAACAGUACUUUUAACUGUGAACAGCCUUCCACAAUCAAUGUUUGAAAGUUCCUGCUCAUAACAAAAUGAAAUAGAACAUAGAACAAUACAGCGCAGAACAGGCCCUUCGACCCUCGAUGUUGUGCUGACCUGUGACCUAAUCUAAGCCCAUCUCCUUACACUAUCCCAUCAUCAUCCAUAUGCUUAUCCAAGGACUGUUUAAAUGCCCCUAAUGUGGCUGAGUUAACUACAUUGGCAGGCAGGGCAUUCCACGCCCUUACCACUCUCUGAGUAAAGAACCUACCUCUGAGAUCUGUCUUAAAUCUAUCACCCCUCAAUUUGUAGCUAUGCUCCCUCGUACAAGCUGAUGUCGCCAUCCUCGGAAAAAGACUCUCGCUGUCCACCCUAUCUAAUCCUCUAAUCUCCUAAUGAUACAUGUAAGCAUUUGUUGUUUGUUCUGGUAACUGCUCAUUCCUUGAGCGAUGUUUCUUCCCUAGCGAGCCUUGCUCCAAUGGUGAGUUUUGUUGCCAUGGUAACUGUCUUCACUGAUCUAUUUUAGUUGCUAGCGAACAGUAGAUUUAUGAGAAUGUUGAUUGUUCAGUAUACUGUGCAGAUGUUGAAAUCGCAUCUUCCUGUGUAGCUGCCUGCAGAGAAGGCACAGCUUCUCUAUAUUGCAGGCAUCUGCAGCUGUGGCAAUAUACCUGGUCAUUUGUGUUCACCAAAUGGAAACAAAUGGCGCCUACUCAUCACAGCUUCCAAUUUGCCAAGUGAACUGACUCUUGUUGAGAGCUUUAAGCAUUUGCAGACUGACUGGCUCUACCAAGCUCAGCUUUGGCGACAACUUGGCAGUUUUAUGAAAGUGAUGUUUGGCUUUAUGCCGUUGCGCCUUGAUUUUGUUACUCAUACCUGCAACUGUUUCCAGCUUUAGUAGUUUUGUUUUGUUGUUAGGUGAACAAUAUGAGUACAGCAUGAUAUUUGUCUUUGGACUGGACUAGUUUGCAUGUCUUAAAAAGGUAUAUUUCUCCACUGAAGGAUUCUCUCAUGCAAGCAUGUGCUUGAUUUCUUGAUAUCUUUAUGAUAUCUUUGGCAAUUUUCAUUGCCGCCCAUAGCCUUUCCAUUUGACUGGGGACGGCGUGGAGACAGUGUAUCAUGUUGAAUUUCCCAAUCCUAAUGAAGAGCCUGAAUUACUCAAUUAUAAAUUUGAUCAUCAAACAUCCAGUACUUCGGGGUGAGCAGAGAUUACCUCCUUAAAUAUUGGUAAGAUGGAAGCCAAUGUUCCUGCUCCUAGCUCUCUGUUCUCUAGCUACUGAUAUCAUCCCUCUUCUGGGCAACAUUCAGAAAUUAAACCAGUCUGCUCACAAACUUAGUAUCACGCUUGAUCCCAAGAUGAGCUUCUGACAUUGUAUUCAUACCUUCAGUAAAACCAAAUAUUUCCAUCUCUGUACAUUGCUGAUUUACACUGUUGACUUCGUCUCUCUCUGAAUUCAUUGCCUUUGUUGCCCUGAGAUUUGACUAUUCCAACACAUUCCCAGCCGGUCUCCAAAGAUUGAUCACAUGGACAUGGAGUGUAACUUUUCUCAAUUAAUCAUUUAAAGAUAAUGACAUUAUUCUCUCAUUUAUUUUUGUCUCUAUCUAAUAUAGCUGUCCUACCACAAUUGAUUUGAGAUCAAUAUACCAUUCUUGUAAACUUUGGACUAAUAGUUGUGUAAAUACAUUUAUAUUUUUGGAAAGUAUUGUGGGUAUUGCUGUAGGUCAGAGUUAGAGGAUAAAGGUGAACAGCAUUAAUCCAAAGUUAAUAUGUCAAUAAAUAAAGUCCAACACUAAACUCCUACAUGGUAUCACAAAAUAUUUUACUUAUACAGUUCUAUCCGGAGAUUUUUCUUGUGUUAAAUGUAUUUAAUUAACAUUGUUACGAUGAUGAAAGUUAUUAUCUAUGUACAUUCGAGUCUAGUCAAGUAGUUGCUAUAAUACUGUUGUGAUUUGUCAGUCAAUUGAUUUCAUAUGAGUGUACAUAUUGUGGUUUUUUAAAAAUCACACAUGUAUGUGUAA